CUCUGUGUCUCGCGCUCUCGGAGUGUCUGCUCCGAGUUCCUGGUUGGAUAAUUUGGGUUAAUACUAGUGAGUGAGGUUUUUGCGGCUUCAAAGGGUAUUUCAAGUUUCCGGAGCUCCUCCCCUCUGCACCGUGUGACAACAACAACUCGUCCAGCCGGCAGCCUGCACUUUUCAGCUCAUUUUCUCUCUGUCAUUCCGCUCUCAAUCUUUGAUCAAUGUACUUGCCAGGGAGAACCCAAGUCCUUCAAACCUCCUCCUUUUCACCUUCAUCCUUAACUUUGUGCUAGAGCGGGGCCCACACAACAACAGCCGACCCUCCCCGCCCCCGCCCCCCCCAACCAGCCCCCGAUCCCAGCCCCCGGAGAGGACUCGCAUUUCGACUUGCGGGACACUUUUGUGCGUUUCUCCGCAGAGCGCCUCUCGCGCUCGCCCCUCCUGCGCUCGCUCUUUCUUACCCUCACCUCCUUUCCCCCCCUUCUCUCCCUUUCUCCUUCUCGUUCUCCCCUAGAGUUGUUGUGGUUGUUGUUGCCCCCUCGCUCCUUCGCCCUCUUUCCCCCCCUGCCCCUCGCCGGGGUGUGUGGCAACUUUUCCCCUCGCUUCUCCUCCUUCGGUUUCCCCUUAUAUGUGACCAUGGCGGUGCCGGCGGCUUUGAUCCCUCCGACCCCGCUGGUCCCCCCUCAACCCCCGGUCUCCACGUCUGCUUCCUCCUCCGGCACCACCACCUCCACCUCCUCGGCGACCUCGUCUCCGGCCCCGUCCGUCGGGCCCCCGGCGUCCUCAGGGCCAGCUCUGUUCCGGCCGGAGCCCAUCGCUUCGGCGGCGGCGGCGGCGGCGGCGGCCACAGUCACCUCCACCGGCGGCGGCGGCGGCGGCGCGGGCAACGGCGGCGGCGGCGGCGGCAACUGCAACCCCAGCCUGGCGACCGCGAGCGGCGGCGGCGGCGGCGGCGGCAUUAGCGCCGGCGGCGGCGGCGCCUCCAGCACCCCCAUCAACGCGAGCACCGGCAGCUGCAGCAGCAACAGCAGCAGCAGCAGCAGCAGCAGCAGCAGCAGCAGCAGCAGCAGCAGCAGCAGCAGCUGCGGCCCCCUCCCCGGCAAACCCGUGUACUCGACCCCGUCCCCAGUGGAAAACACCCCUCAGAAUAAUGAGUGCAAAAUGGUGGAUCUGAGAGGGGCCAAAGUGGCUUCCUUCACGGUGGAGGGCUGCGAGCUGAUCUGCCUGCCCCAGGCUUUCGAUCUGUUCCUGAAGCACUUGGUGGGAGGCUUGCACACGGUCUACACCAAGCUGAAGCGGCUGGAGAUCACGCCGGUGGUGUGCAACGUGGAACAGGUUCGCAUCCUAAGGGGACUGGGCGCCAUCCAGCCCGGAGUGAACCGCUGCAAACUCAUCUCCAGGAAGGACUUCGAGACCCUCUACAAUGACUGCACCAACGCCAGUUCUAGACCUGGAAGGCCUCCUAAGAGGACUCAAAGUGUCACCUCCCCAGAGAACUCUCAUAUCAUGCCACAUUCUGUCCCUGGCCUCAUGUCUCCUGGGAUAAUCCCACCAACAGUUUGGUCAACCGCAGUCUGGAAGCAGAUGAUCCUCCUUCUGACAAGUCAUCAGAAGGUCAUUAGUAGCCCAACACUGUGUCACAGCGCCUGCGUCAUUCCCCUCACUUCGCCUCAUCACAAGAAGGGUCUGACCGCAGCAGCUGCAGCAGCUGCUGCUGCUACGAAUGCAGCCAUUGCCGAAGCAAUGAAGGUGAAAAAAAUCAAGUUGGAAGCCAUGAGCAGCUAUCAUGCCGGUAAUAACCAACAUGGAGCCGAUGCUGAAAAUGGGGACAUGAAUUCAAGUGUCGGACUGGAACUUCCUUUUAUGAUGAUGCCCCACCCUCUGAUUCCUGUCAGCCUACCUCCAGCGUCUGUCACCAUGGCAAUGAGCCAGAUGAACCAUCUCAGCACCAUUGCAAAUAUGGCGGCUGCAGCACAAGUUCAGAGUCCCCCAUCCAGAGUUGAGACAUCUGUUAUUAAGGAGCGCGUCCCGGACAGCCCUUCGCCGGCGCCCUCUCUGGAGGAGGGUCGGAGGCCGGGCAGCCACGCCUCAUCCCACCGGAGCAGCAGUGUGUCCAGCUCCCCGGCGCGGACCGAGAGCUCUUCCGACCGAAUCCCUGUCCAUCAGAAUGGGUUAUCCAUGAACCAGAUGCUGAUGGGUUUAUCACCAAACGUACUCCCUGGGCCCAAAGAGGGAGAUUUGGCUGGUCAUGAUAUGGGACAUGAAUCGAAAAGGAUGCAUAUUGAAAAAGAUGAGACCCCGCUUUCCACACCAACCGCAAGAGACAGCCUUGACAAACUUUCUCUAACUGGGCAUGGACAACCACUACCUCCAGGUUUUCCACCUCCUUUUCUGUUUCCUGAUGGACUGUCUUCCAUAGAGACCCUUCUGACUAACAUACAGGGGCUCUUGAAAGUUGCCAUAGAUAAUGCCAGAGCUCAAGAAAAACAAGUCCAACUGGAAAAAACAGAGCUGAAGAUGGAUUUUUUAAGGGAAAGAGAACUGAGGGAAACACUUGAGAAGCAGUUGGCUAUGGAACAAAAGAAUAGAGCCAUAGUUCAAAAAAGGCUAAAGAAGGAGAAGAAGGCAAAGAGAAAAUUACAGGAAGCGCUUGAAUUUGAGACUAAGCGGCGGGAACAAGCAGAGCAAACACUAAAACAGGCAGCUUCUACAGAGAGUCUCAGGGUCUUAAACGACUCUCUGACCCCAGAGAUAGAAGCUGACCGCAGCGGCAGCCGAACAGAUGCUGAAAGGACAAUACAAGAUGGAAGACUGUAUUUGAAAACUACUGUCAUGUACUGAAUUUUUCCUGUUGAAGAAAUCCAUGUUAUAGUAAAGAACUUUGCAGACAUUCGUCAUUGGAAAGUUUGGAAAAAAUAAAGUCCUUUUAAGGGAACUUCCUCAAUUUUGUGUAUUAAUGUUCUUUAAAAGUUUAAGUAUUCUACAAAAAGAAAAAAAAAAAGUUUCCUCCAUUGAAUUUCACCUGUGGUUCAUACCAGAGACCUGAGAAUGUUUGUAAAUGUACAGGUAUCUAACUUCUUACAGUUAAAAACUGCAACUUUGCUGCUGGACACUUGUAUACCGAGUUAAAGGCAGGUCUGAAUAAGGCCUCGCUUUGUUUUUUUUAAUGGAAUGAACCAUUUUCCUCCUCUGAAAAUUCUGUAUCUGAGCACAUCAAGAGACUCUUGUACCCAGUGGUUACCCAGACUUACAGAAUUAUGUCCUCCUGAAACCAGCAAGAACACUUGGAAAUGAACUUGUAGGGGGCAUAGAGGAUUCCUUAAAAAACAAACAAACAAAAAAACAACAAAAAGCAAAAAAAAAUAAAUAAAACAAAAAAAACAAAAAAAAUCAAUAAAUCAAAGAGUAAUAUUCUAUUACAUUCGAUUUUAAACUAAUUGUGGGUUUUCUCAUGAAGAUUUUUUUCGCAUACUUCCAAAAGACCAACAAAUGGAUGCUGACAACAACCCAGUGAAAUAACAUUUUGCAUAUCUGAAAAGAAGCAUUGAAUAUAAGCCAAAAGGUUUCACCCAAGGUCCUUUUUCUUAAAAAAAAAAAUAAACGUAACAUGUUUUCAUUCCAAACUGGUAGUGGCAUAUAGAAUUUAAAAUAAUAAUGAUGCUUCUUAUUCAAACUGUUGGUCACAUGUACAGUAUAUAAACAUAAAACAUACAAGGAAGGUAUUAUGUAUGCAGUAGUAAUACUAGAGUUUAGGAAAAUGAGAAUUUUAGAAAAUAUGUUUUGUCACCCUGUUAGUCAGAAAGACACCUUUCUGGUUUUAACGCAUGCAGGCAUGUAAAUAUUUGUCUGGAGUCACAGUAUUAAUGAAUGAGAUCUUAAGCAUCUGGUGACAUCAGAACUCUGUGUCAGCCACUUUUAUUUGUAUAUUGAACCCUAGUUAGUGCCCCAAACUGCACUAUUGAGAAUGGAUUGUGGCUGAACAGUAAAUCAAAACACCAGAAAUAUUUUUAUAUGUUAAUGUCAUAUUAUGUUAAUGUUGCUGAGAAACAAAACCUAACAAACCCUUGAUGUAUCAGUCCAAUACCAUGUAGCGCUGAGUGAUAAAGUUAAAAUGUGUUGUGCUUCCCGCCCUGGUCAGAGGGAAGGGUGCCUAUGUGUUAUUUUCACUGUCUUUUUGAAAGUUACAGUAUGUGUUUUCGCUUUUGUGCAGAUAACUGGAAGUAAAGCUGCAAACAGUGCUUAUUACACACUGAAGUUACCUUCUCUUUGUUUUUACUAAUCUGGAGUUACACCUUUAAAGACUGAUCUUAUGAAUCAGUACAGUCGCUGUGCAUUUUAUGAUUUUGCUGUCAUCUUAAAAUUUUAUGAUCAUAACAUUAUUUAUUACCAUAAAUAGCAAAAUCCUAAAUGUCCAAGAAAACUAGCGUAAAAAUGUUUAAAGAUAGUUCUGAUUUGGUAUUAAUUAUUUGGUUAAGAGAAGAAAUUAACAUUAUAGAUACUCUGGCACUAAGCUUCUAUAGUUUUUAGGUCUUCCUUGCAAUACUGGAACGUUAUUUCUUUUGUGUAGUUCGCUAUUAACCAGCUAAGUCCGUUUUUUACUACAAUAAAAAAGUUAUAUAUACAGUUCCUAUUUUAGCUUGCUUGAAAGGGAGCAAUAUUUUUAUUUAAAAUACUGUUAGUAAAUGCUCUGUAGAAACUUGGUUUUCGAGGCAUCGUUCUUCCAUACCCAUCUUUUGUUCUUUGAGCACAAGAGAUUCUGUUCCUUGUUGUAUUUCUUGCUUUUCCCUUUUAUGCAGUCUUUAAAGGAUUACAACACUUAAAAUUGGAGGGACUUGUGGCAAGCUUUUGAAUCAUACAUUUUUUAAAAGAUUUUUUAAAAAGCCUACAACUUACCUAAGUAGUAGAAUCAGCCAUUGCUCUGCUCCUUGCAUAGAGUCACCUGUUAAGUAGGUUAAAUAGUUUUAAAAUGCAUACUUUCAAGACCUUUGAGAAUGCUUUAGUGUUUGGUUUGAUAUAAAAGGAAUUUUAGCAAGGAUUAAAGAAAGAAGCUAUCAGCUAUAUGUUUAGAGAGAGUCUUACUAACAUGUUGUAAAUAUUACAAUUCAUGAAAUGUUAUUUUAAGUCUGUAACUUAAGUUUUUUCUCCUUUUUUAGUUAUACAGGUUGGUUUGAAAUUUGUUUUUGUUUUGGGGUUGUUUUUUUUUUUUUUGGUAUAAACAAGUAAAAUUGUGCCCAUUUUAUGGUUUCCAUGCUUUUGUAAUCCUAAAAAUAUUAAUGUCUAGUUGUUCUAUAUUAUAACCACAUUUGCGCUCUAUGCAAGCCCUUGGAACAGAACAUACUCAUCUUCAUGUAGGACCUAUGAAAAUUGUCUAUUUUUAUCUAUAUAUUUAAAGUUUUCUAAAAAUGAGAAAAGGUUAUUACGAAUUUUGUUGUACAAAAUCUGUACAAAAAUCUGUUUUUACAUCAUAAUGCAAGAAUUGGAAAUUUUUCUAUGGUAGCCUAGUUCUUUGAGCCUGGUUUCAAUGUGAGAACCAUGUUUACUGUUAUUGUAUUUAAUUUUCUUUUUUCUUUUCAACAAUCUCCUAAUAAAACUGUCUGAAAUCUC